AGAGGCAUGUGAGACCUCCAGGCGGGCCGUGACUACAAUGACAACGGCGUCAGCACUCUUCUUCACUGUUCUUCACUGCAUUUCUCUGCAGAGUCUGAACGGAUGCAUGACCAGCCCCACGCUGAUGAGCGACUUUGGUCGAGGCUGUGGGAGUCGGGGGGUGUCGGACAGGCCAGUCAGAUCGGAAUGCCGUCUGGAGUGGCCGAUUUUUGCAGCCAGUGGUUUGCGGUUGCUGUCUCGGGAACCACCUGCGAUCGAAAAGGGUCCAGUCACCCACCGCUGCACUGGUGGGACGCUGUGCGUCUUGGAGCGUGGGCGUCGACUUUGAAUGGCUGUCGCAGCCCCCUCGGUUGCCCCACCUCGGCAGACUUGGAAGCAAGGCCCCACUCACCUCCCACCAGUCCAGUACUUCACCCACGCACCAACCACCACGGCCGCAGCAGUCGGUCGGCCAGCCCACGGCCGCGGGCGAAGAAGCUUUUCGAUGGCUCUCGCAAACCUGUCAAAGUGUGGGCUUCUCCGAACAUGACCGUGGCGGCGGGAGGGCAAAUGCAUGCAGGCAUGUGUCUGUACUUGCCCUGCACCAGACAAAUGACGGUAAUGCGCGUCCAGAAUUGUGUUAGACUUUACUACUACUGGUCUUGGGACUGCCCGUUUUCUUCUCGUCAAGUCCCGCGUUCCGUGUUUCCACGCUCGACGUUUCAUCCAACGUGCACGAAGCGAGAAGCCGUCGUUUUGGCAGACGGUUUUAUUCGAUUCCAUUCAUACCUACCUAGGUUACCUGGGCUCUCUCAUUUGUGCUUGUCUCUGGUCCUCUUGGCCCAUCGCCUCUCGGCCGGCCAUCAACGCUCCACCUGGCCUGCAUAUCCCGUCGUUGCUGCUGCCCUGCCCUGCCCUCUGCUUUCCCUUGCUCCCUCCAUAUGACCUGUCUCCUCCUCGCCAACCAUAGACAGCACUU